UAAUUCUGAAAUCUCGUACUACGGCAGAGUAUAAGUUAGUCAGCGCAGGCGAGCUCGGACGUUUGACUCUGUCACGGACUAAGACGCAUUUUUAUCUGGUUUGUUUUCUUGAGAUUUCCGGAAAGUAAACGGCCUACAUGUAUCGUAACUUCGGGAACUUUGGGCGAGGAACGGAUCAGAACUUCCCUGAUAACAGUUCUGCAUCUGGGUCGAGCUCUGCUAGCGGUACUCAAACUACCAGCACCGGUACGACCCAGCAUCAAGAGCCAAAGUACUCGGUGGCGGGAUCCAGUCAGUUUGUCCCGACUCUCAAUGCCGUAACUUCAAACCAAGACCUACAGUGGCUCGUGCAGCCCUCUGUUUUUCCAGUGCCAGGACCAUCUAAGCAUCCUCCUCGUCACCCGUACCCCCUGCCGCCAAGACUUGCAUGUGUGAACCCUCAUCCCACCCAAUCACACCUUUUCCGACCAGGAAUCAUCAGGGACUCAGGACGAUCCACAAGACGCAGAAAUGAUGAACAUUUAUCAUCGGAAGAACUCGAAAGGCGCAGAAUUAGAAGGGAACGAAACAAACUGGCUGCUGCCAAGUGUAGGACUCGUCGCCGUGAACUGACCGACUCACUUCAAAAUGAGACUGACCAGUUGGAAGACAAAAAGUCCCGCCUACAGAAAGAGAUUGCUGAGCUACAGAAGGAAAAAGAGAAGCUUGAACUUGUUUUGGAGGCCCACAGACCCAUCUGCAAAGUCCAGGACUCAGAUUCCGACUCUGACUCUAGUCCCAUUCUUCCUACCCUGAGUGGAAUUAAAAUUGAGCCAGUAGAUUCUGAACUUCCCGGACCCUCUAGAAAAUGCCAGAUUCCCACCAAACAGGAGAAACCAAAGCCAAAAAUCACCAUUCCACCUCCAUUUUCAACCUCUUCUGGCGGUAUGAAUCCAGAGUCCGAUUCCCUCCAUACUCCAAUACUCAUUUCCACACCUUCACUGACUCCGUUCACUUCUAGCCUAAUCUUCACCUAUCCUACUACCUCUCUUGACACCAAUGCUCCUACUUCAUCACAAGCACCGAGCCUUUCUGCCUCCUCCACGACUCAGCAUGGUACAUCCCAGCCCUCCCGAAAUCUAGAGCCAUGUGGUAUUGCUCAUCGGCGUAGCAGCAGCAGCGGGGACCAGUCAGAUCAAUCUCUCAACUCGCCUACCAUCCUGACCAUUUAAUCUGUUUUACCGCAUGUUUAACCAUAACCUUAAGUGCUCUGAAUAUUCACAGGUAUGUUUAAUACUAGGUCAGAUAAAUACAAGUGUAUUUGUGAGUACACUGAAGAUUGUACUGAUUGUACCAAACUUGUGCCUUUAGCACUGUGUUUUCUUAUACACUCUUAGAAAAUAGGGUUCUUUAAACCUUGGACAGUUAAAGGUUCUUAGGCUUCGUAAAGUGGUUCCAUUUUGAACGGUCUACGAUGGAGAAUCAUUCUGUUGUUGAGUUCUACAAACAGCAUUUAAAGGGUUUCCCCAGUGAGACAAAUCCAGUAAACCCUCAAAUUGGUUCCAGAUUUAAGCAGUUUAGCUUUAGCAGUCACACCAGGUAUUACCUAAGAACAAAUUAGAAGUACUGCAAAGCACAAUACAGUAUUUAGUAUAUUCUAUUAAGAGUACAAAUGUUGAAACAUAUCUUAUGAAAAUCAUAACUAUGAACUACGGUAAAAACUACCUUUUUAUAUAUUGAAAAGUAUUUACUUAUACUUUAUACAAAAACUUUCUUAUUAGAAAUAUUCAUUAACUGACUACAUACUGAUGAAUAGACAUGUAAGCCUAUCACUGUGUUGGAUGGAAACUACUUUACUAUUGUUGACAGAUUUUAUAACUUUGUUCUAUGCAAUCCAAAGCUACAAGUCUAAUGUAAUUUCUUUUUAUGUAUUUUUACAUGGUACAGUGUAUUAAGCUACUUAGUUACAUCAUGUCUAUUUUAAAAUAUUUGGGUAUUUUGAUUUAUGUGAAGAUCACAAACAUUACAAGCCUGAAACAUUUUAGUAAUAAAUCAGCUACACUGAUUCAUUUUAAUUGUUCUACUGAUGAACGUCUUGGACAAAUAUGCACUUAAUACAACUUUUCAUUACAUGCUAGCUGUGUAGGUUUUUUUUUUUUUUUUUGUCUUUUUCUAAAGUUCUAUAUAAGAAAGAUAAAGUACUUAAUAUAUUGAAAUCUACAGUGUAUGCAUUAUUACAGCAUGUUUGAUCCACUACUACGGCUGGUCCAUACAAUUUCGCAGAUGUGUAUUUAUUUUUCAGAGCAAACUAUAUUUAUAUUUUUCGUCACUGAGAUUGUAAGCCUCAGCAGUGAAGAAAAGUUUUCAUACUGUACAACAUGUAAGAGUAUAAUAAAAAAAAAUCCAAAUUA